GAAGAUGGCAGCUACAGCAGCUGUUAACAGACCUCCACCUGCUCAUCCAGGACCACACGCUGGAAACCUCCACUCACAGCCCACCAGCGGGAUACCAAACUCUGGAUUUCAUGAUCCAGGACUACAGGGUAUCAGCCAGGACCCCAGACUCCAACACCCCCACGUCUCGUCCCGGCCCGUCUUCUACGUCCCUGUUCAACCUCCGCCCCCUUUCCUCCACUACCAGUGGCCCAUGUCCUUCUCCUAUAACCCCUUUAGUGGCUUCCCAGGCAUGGGCUAUGGCAUGGUCAUGCCCCCGUUCCCCCCUCCUCCCCCCUACAUGGAGGCUCCAUCCUAUGUUUUGCCCCACCCUCACAUCCAACCAGUGGACUACAGACACCUGCUCCACCCGUCAGUCCAUGCUCCUGCUGCACCCUACCAGCACCUAUACCAGCCUGGCAGAGUGCGCCCUCCUCAUCCUGUCCCUGUGAGACAAACAGUGAAUGCAGAGGUCCAAACAGAACCCACAGGGAGAGGCGGGGCUUCUUCUGGAGAGGUGAGCCCAGCAAUCCCACUCAUCAGCUCCGAUUCUGGGCAUGGAACCACCUCACACUCCCCGUCCUCCUCCAGCUCCAGCUCCCACAAACGAGGCUCUGCAGAGCCCCAAACCUUCACCACAGACUUUAACAAGAGCUUGUUGAGGAGAACCUUCCCCCCUGCAGGGACGCUCACCACAACAUGUGGUCAGUGGGCUCUUCUGGUGGCGUGGUUCGCUGUGUGCAGCUCUUCUCAACAAGACGAUGAUGUCAUCAAAGAGAAACGAGAGUCCGUCCCCGACAUCCUCAUGAGCUGGGCCACGCCGCGGACAGCGAUGUUAAAAACAUCAGACAAGCUGCUUCCUGAGAAGGAGCAGCAGCAGUCGUCUUGUGAAGCAGAGAAUGAAAAGUCAGCUGAGCAGCACGGCGCUGUGACAAAGAGCGCUCAUGUGGUGUCUGACACAGCUGCUGACAACACUGAGGCUCUGCUCACUUCUCAGGACUCUGAGACACUUUUUAACAUCCUCAGACUGCCUGGGACUCUCCACAAGCUUCUCUCAGAGGAUAAACGAGUCGUAGAGCUCCCCUCCACUGAUGAACUACUGCUUUCUCUGAACCAAUCAGAGAUGCUCCCUGACAAUGAGCCAGAAAACGAGACGACUCCACACGCACACAGCACAGAGCUCAUUCUCUAUCAAAUGUCUUCAAAUAGUUUUCAGAUGAAGAGAAAACUGAAUGAGUCUGUUUGGUCUGUGGAGUCUCUCCCCUCUUGUAUCCCCAAUAAGGAGUGGCUGCAGCAGAACGGACUCUUUGAGCCUGAUGUCAUCGUGGAGAUGAUGGAGCAGGAGGACGACGGUGGACCUUUAACCCAAAAUGAACACUUAAGAAGUCAUAAAGAGAGGAGGCGGAGCCACAGGUUUUCCUCCUCUGACUCUGUUCUCAUGUCAGACAGCUGGCUGCUUUUCAGCACUCCGGCUGAGAAGCUCAGUCAGUCAAAGAAGACAGAAACAGAGGGGGGAAUGGAUUCCCCUGAAGGGAGGGAACAGAAACGAGACCAGAGCACGACUCCUUCAGAAAAAGUUCCCUCAGCUUCCCCGCCUCGAUGGCAGAGUGCAGUAAAUGUCUCUUCCCCUCCUGAAGACAAUGCAGAUGAAAACAGGUCUUCUGAACCUGAGGCCAAUCAAAGCCCAAACCAGGAAUGUUUUCUUGUCACCGAGCAGACGGAGAGAAGCCCCCGCUCCCGUGAGCAGGAGAAACCUCUGCCCUCAAACUCUGCAGAAGAGGAGAAAACGCUGUGUCAGCUGAUUCCUCAACAUGGAGCAGACGUGGAGGUAGAAGAGAGAGCGUGUGUGAACGCUGAAGAGAGCGAGCGGAGAAACCAGCAGCUGUGUGUCCCUGAGGUCGAGCACACCACGGCUGCUGUGUCUCCGUCAAAGGGACAUCUAGUGGACUGUGGCGUCCAGUGUUCUGAACUGACAGACAGGAAGUGUCCGUGUGAAUCACAGAGCAGCACUGAACCAAACAAGAGACCUCAUUUUAAUGAUUCAGAUGUGAAAAAGAUGAACAACAACAAGACUGAAGGAUACAGUGUGACCGGACAGAUGUCAAAGAACCAGAGAAGAAACGCUCACUGGAGGAACAGAGGACAAGAAAACCAGAACGGCCAGUGGGAGCCCUACAACGGAUUCUGUGGUAGACCUGGACGAUCAAAAGGUGGAAAACGAAGGACUCGGUACUGAGCACUGACCUUGUUAUGCAGGAG